UCGAAUACCUCUGACUCGGGGAAACCAAACACAAAACGGCCCAACCCCCAGACCAAUCGGACCUCAGGCACCUUGAGGACAAUAGUACCGAUCGACGCACAGUAUAGGCUUCCGAAAAGAAAAGAACGCACACCCAACCCAGCCCCACCGGACCACACCACCCCCAUCGAGGACGAAGCCGCCCCACGUAGCUCUUGCUCCCCGGACUGUUGAAGAGGACAUGGCUUCUCUUGUGCUCCGAUCCGCCGGCCGCUUGCUCCGGCGACCCCUCUCCGAUUAUGCUGGGAAGAUCCGACCCAACAAGCAUUCUUGCUCAAAAUUCAGUACGGGACACGGAAAACAUAUCAAGGAAGAACCCAUCAGGACCGGCCCGAGCAUUAUGAUGAAACUGGAUGAGCGCGACCGUAUCCUGUCUGAAGCUCACAAAGACAUUAAAGCAAUGCUAAAACAAGCAAGGGAUAAUGAAGCAUGGGACAAGCUACUGAAAAAAUUGUUAUUACCUUCAUCCAUUCUUGCCGCCCUUGCCUUUUGGAAGACAGGACAGCAAAUGCCUGUGGAAAAUAUACCUCCAAAUUAAUGCAUGUAUUCAUGUGUCCUUGGUGUUAUGACUUUUAUUUUUUGCUUGUACUGAAACAUGUCAUGGACCUGAGUUGUAAAUGUGCUGUGUUGGAAACUAGGCUGUGGGCUUGUUGAAAUACUAACUGUAAUGUAAUCAAGUCUUUGUUCUUGGCUACCUCUUUGA